AUGGUAAAAUUCACCUUUUUCAUUCUUUAUAUCUCCUUACUAUACAAAUUAAUAACAAACGCUUUUCGUAACUUUAUUAUUUUUGAUAAUAUUUAUAUUUAAUUUAAAUAUUUUAAACUUAAAAUAACGAAGGAAAAUCUUUAAAUACUAUUUUAAAAAAAAUAUUUCACAAUAAAUUUUUCACUUUUUAAAAAGUCAUUAAAAAUUAAAAAAAUGUAGGCUUACCUUUUAUUAGUUACGAAAGUGGUUAGCGUUUUCACUUGCAGACUUAGUAACUGUUGAAUUAAAUGAAAAUUUUCAUUUAUCUUGGAUAAUUAAAUACGUUAAAAUGGCGGCACGUGCCAGCUUGCCCUCUUGCGCAGCAGUCCAGACCUUAUGGCUACGACAAACUGGGAUGGACUCCGAGCCGAUAAUCAAGUGCAGGCUCAAGAGGAGUGUAUCCGGUUAGGUUUUGGCUGCUUUCCUGUGGUUGGAAAUGAAGGUGCUCAACAAUGUCCUUUGGAUCUAAGGACUCAGGGGCUUUCCUCUGCCGAAAAAUUGGAGAUUUCGGCUCAAGUUGCAGGGAAUAGUCUUUUUCCUGUAGCUUUAAGGAAGGCACUUCGGCAGCUGAUAAACUCCAAGGAGUUGAUUCAUGGGAUCAAGUCACUCCAAUCGCCCGUAGAAGGGCCGAAAAAAUCCAUAAGCCAUCCAUUCAUGACUGAAUCCUCAAGGCAAGGAGGAGAUAGAAGGUACCGAAGUGGCACAGAUCCUCUGUAUUUGAGUCGAAAAGCGGUAGAACCUCCCGUGCUAGAGGUCUUUGAUGACUGCAUCACCAAUAUGGCUAGCGCCUGACUUUUAAUAUUCCUAAUCCUAAUCUUGGAUAAUGAACCAAACUGCAAUAACUUUCACCUUCAAUGUAAAUUCUUAUUCAGUGCUCGUUUGACGGCUGGUGUGGGAUAGGCUUUAAUUCUGGAAUGAUUAACACAGAUAUGAUCAUUUUAAUCAGAGAAAAUGGGUUAAUGCAAGCUUGGGAUUCUUACAGCUUUAAACCUCAGACUCCAGCCCAAGAUAGCGCCAUUUCCGGAUGCAAAAACGAUAUAAUUCUGGAAAGUGCUAGUUUUACAGGUGGUAUUAUGCUUGCAACUAUCACCCGUCUUCUAAAUACCCAAGAUCCUAAAUGCGAUAUUGUACUAGCUCCUAAUAUGGUCACAAACUUCUGUUUUGCAUAUAGCCCCGUUCCCGGCUAUAGAUCGGGCUUAGCCCGAUCUUGGCCGGGAAACUCGGGGAGUUGUCUCCGUCACUUUGAAGUGACGAGUCAACUCCCCGAGUUGGCAAAUCACCAUAUAGCAGCUAUUUGCCAACUCGGGGAGUUGACUCGUCACCUCAAAGUGACGGAGACAACCCCCCGAGUUUCCCGGCAAAGAUCGGGCUAAGUCUGUCUAUAGCCGGGAACGGGCUAUACCUUGACAAGCCAAACCUCACAAAGUUCACCCAACACAAUAUGGUAGGAUCUGGUGUGCUAAAACUUGGCACAACCCAAGCAAAUGCUUACUUCAAUAAUCCUCCUGAUAUUAUUUCUGUCGAACUUGAUCCAAAUUUUCUACUAUCAUGGGUCGUUGAAGAUGAAGUUAACCUUGUGUUUACAUUUAACGUAAUUUCUAUAUAGUGUUCUUUUGAUGGAUGGUGUGGCAUUGGAUUUAAUGAAGCCAUGACUGACACUGAUAUGAUAAUUCUUAUCAGAGAAAAUUCAGAACUUAUGGUAUGGGAUGCGUAUAGUACUACAUUUCAGCAGCCACAAUUGGACACAGGCAUACAGGGAUGUCAGAAUAACAUAAUAGUUAAAAGCACAAGCUUUGAUAAUGGCCAGAUUUCUGCAACUUUUUCAAGAUUGAUGGACACUGGGGAUAAUGAGUGUGAUAAAGUUUUGGUGCCAGAUGUGCCUAUGAAAUUUUGCUUUGCAUAUCUAGAUGAGCCAAACCUGACGAGCUUCACCAAACAUAGCAGUGUAGGGUCAGGAAUAUUGAAAAUUGGAACCACUCAGGAUAGUUCCUAUUUUAUGCUAAACCCAGAGCUUGUCACCAUGCAGCUUGAUCCAAACUUUUCUCUGUCAUGGCUAAUGAACGAGACUGAUAUCACUUUUACCUUUAACGUAACCUUUAUUUAGUGUACAUUUGAUGGUUGGUGUGGCAUAGGCUUCAACCAAGCAAUGAUAAAUACAGACAUGAUCAUUGUUACGCGUAUAAAUGGAACUAUUCAAGCUUUAGACGCAUAUAGCAUUGACUAUGUACCACCUAAUGGAGAUGCUACAAUUCCUGGCUGUGAAAAUAACAUUGUGCUAGAAAGUUCCAGCUUUGUCGAUGGAAAAAUGUUGGUUACAGUUACAAGACCACUAAAUACAGGCGACACUAAGUGCGAUAAAGUAUUAAACCCAAAUAUGGUAACGAGCUUUUGCUAUGCAUAUUUAGAUCAGCCUAAUUUGCAAGCUUUCAAUAGACAUAACCAUGUAGGAUCUGGAAUUCUGAAACUAGGCAGCACACAAGGAACAAGCAGCUAUACACAAGGAGGAGCAGAAACAGUUAGUGUAGAAUUAGACCCAAACUUUUCAUUAUCAUGGGUUAUGACUGAGACACAAGUAACCUUCACAUUCAAUGUAAAAUUUAUUUAGUGCAAAUUUGAUGGGUGGUGCGCAAUAGGUUUUGGGCAUGCUAUGGAAGAUACUGAUAUGAUAAUCGUCAUUAGAGAAAACGGAGCUUUCCAAGCUUGGGAUUCAUACAGCUCAGGCUACACAACUCCAAGCCAAGACUCUUCUUUAAAAGGCUGUAAAAAUAACGCGAACAUGAUUAAUGCUGAAUUUACAGCAAACAAAACAAUGGUCGUCACUGUAACUCGUCUUUUGAAUACUGGCGAUUCUAAAUGUGACGUAGUCUUAAAGCCGAACAUGAUAACAGAAUUUUGCUUUGCAUAUAAUUCAGAAAGCGAUUUGACUACAUUUCCCAUUCACAAUGCAGUUGGGAUGGGUAAGAUCAAGCUUGGCAUGACUCAAGCUGACUCAUACUUCCAUCAUGGAGACGAUAUCGACGGAGCUCUUUAUGAAAACCAUGGAAUUUAUAUGACAGUUAUGUGGCUUUGCGUUGUACAAGUUGGAAUUAUGGCGAUCAGAUAUUUCAAAUGGUCCUUUAUGGCAUACUUAAUUCAUGCACUGUCAGGCGCUGUCGUAAUAUUUUUCACACUUGCGAGCGUUUAUAUUGUCUAUAAAAAAGACAAGUUGGGCUAUGAUGCUUUGUCAGAUAAGCCUCGCUAUCACUCAAGAAUAGGCUUUUAUUUGUGCACCUUAGUGUUAUCACAAGCUGUUACAGGUCUAUUCACUAAAAUAUGGAUGAUGUUUAAGCAAGAUUUGUCAGUAUUAAGAGUAUCCAGAAGAAUUCACACUGUCAUUGGAUGGGCUUGCUUGAUCCCAGCUUUAGUUAACUUAAAAUAUGGCUGGGAGAUAAGGCAAAAUGAUACCAACUUACAUACAGUUUAUGUAUUUUAUGGAGUCCUUUGUGUCGUUUUUGCAGUUUUGGAAAUUAGGCAUAGGUUUGGCCAUUUAUUUAUGCCUUUUAUAUUUAAUUUUAAAAGAAAAAAAAUCAAUAGAAAAUCAACUAUCACAGCAGACAAAGAAAUGCAAGACACUUUUAUUGACAAAAAAGGCUUAAACCACUCAGAAAUAUUGGAUGAAAUAAACAUAAAGAAAUCACAGUGGGUAUUUUUAGAUGAAUAUGUGCUUGAUAUUUCUGGUUUUAUGCAAAAUCAUCCUGGUGGCGCAUAUAUGCUAAAAGAUGUGAUAGGAGAAGACGUAGGAAAAUAUAUAAAUGGGUGCAGCAGCAUUGGAGAUGGGACUUUUCCAUAUGAACAUUCCCAGAUGGCUAAAAAUUUAGCUUAUAGCUUGGUAGUAGGAAAUAUCGCAAAAAAUUGCAAUAUAAUUAAGCCAAUAGAAGGUGACACAAUUGAUUGGAGCAUGACUUGGGAAAUUGUUAGAAAGCACAAUAUAUCUCAAAGCACAGUUUGCGUAGAACUGAGAUCAAAUGCAUAUGAGGUUAGAGAAAAGCCAAAAGGAUUAGAGUGGAUGGGAAAGCACUUCCAAGUUGAAGCAAAAAUAGGGCUGAAUGUAGUUAGAAGAUACUAUAGCUUGGUGUCAGCUAAUCUUUAUAGUUGGAAAAAGCAAAUAGAAGCUGAAGGAAUCAAAUGCGAAUUUAAUGCAGCUCAGUACAAUGAGUCAAGCACUAUUGGAAGCUUAAAAUUGUAUAUCAAGCAUUACCCAGAUGGGAAAAUGUCAGACUUUAUAUACAAUCUUGAUAGCAAUAGCACUAUAAAGAUUAAAGGGCCAUUAGGACCUGGCUUAGCUCUUACUCAGCUGUCUUCAGGUCUUUACUUAGGCUUUGCAGCUGGCACUGGGAUUCUUCCAUUUUUAGAUUUAGCUUAUUCUAUAUGGAAUGACCAUGCUCCAACUGGUUUUUGUCUCUUCUUAUAUGUUAGUUUCAGAUCUAAGUCAGAGGCUUUUGGAUUGGAUCUGUUAGAAGCGACUCAGAAAAAGUUUAGCACACAUUUGGUUGUCCAUAUAAAUAUAGAUGGCGAAAGAAUUGGAGGAAAAAUUAAUGAUGAUAUGCUUAGAAGCCAGGUUGGAAGCAGAGGUGUUUCAAGAGUGUGGGUAUGCGGACCGUCUGGGUUUAAUAGAUGGAUCGGGAAAAUGGUUGAAACGCAAGGAAUUAGUAGAGAAAAGGUGAUGAUUCUUUAA